CCCUUCCAAAUCCCCUCCACCAACUGGCAACAGAAGCAGGACAUCUUCGAUUACAGAUCAGAAUGAUGAAGGCACUUUAACACCAGGCAAAGAGCUGCUAGCCGGGAUGAUAGCAGAACCUGCUUUUCUCUCUGAGUAUACUAUCUUUGCUUUGGAUCCCACCAAACAACCUAAGCCCCAGAGUGACGGUGUGAACUUAACUAAACAACCACUUCCCAGAUCCACAGAAAACAAUGGAAGCGGACCGGCCUCCCCGCAGCUGAGUGACGGUCAGUCUUUUGCCCAGAGGCUUCAGCUCCGAGUUCCCUCCAUGGAGUCUUUGUUUCGAAGCCCAGUAAAAGAGUCCCUGUUCCGCUCCUCUUCUAAGGAGUCCCUGGUACGAACUUCUUCAAGAGACUCAUUGAAUCGACUGGACUUAGACGCAGCCGGUCCCACCUUUGACCCACCUUCCGACAUUGAAAGUGAAACAGAAGAGCCUCCGGGAAAUGUGGACAGCCUCAGCAAAGAGCAGUUGCUGCAGCGGCUGCGCAGAAUGGAGCGCAGUUUGGGCAACUACAGGGGAAAAUACUCAGAGCUAGUGUCUGCAUAUCAAGUUAUCCAGCGGGAGAAGAAGAAGCUACAGGGCAUUCUGAGUCAGAGUCAGGAUAAAGCACUCCGCAGAAUUGGAGAACUGAGAGAGGAGCUCCAGAUGGAUCAACAAGCUAAGAAACAUCUCCAAGAGGAAUUUGAUGCUUCCUUAGAAGAAAAGGAUCAACUUAUUAGUGUCCUGCAAACUCAGGUAUCGUUGCUGAAACAGAGGUUACAGAAUGGUCAGAUAGGCACUGAAUUGCCUGAUCCAAAUAUCCAAUCUGAACCACAAGUUCAAAGUCCAACAAAAGAAAUCAGUACAGAAAAUACUGUGGAACCAGGAAGUGAUGAGGGUAAUGAAGAUCCUGUUAAAACACUGGAAACUCUUAAUCAGAGGGUGAAGCGCCAAGAGAACUUGCUGCAACGUUGUAAGGAGAUGAUUCGGUCACAUAAGGAGCGCUGCGCCCAAUUAACCAACGAGAAAGAGGCACUUCAAGAACAGUUAGAAGAGAGGCUUCAAGAACUGGAGAAAAUGAAAGACCUUCACAUGGCUGAGAAGACUAAACUGAUUACGCAGCUGCGUGAUGCAAAGAAUUUGAUUGAGCAGCUAGAACAAGACAAGGGCAUGGUAAUUGCAGAGACAAAGCGACAAAUGCAUGAAACAUUGGAAAUGAAGGAGGAGGAGAUAGCCCAACUGCGUGCUCGGAUCAAACAAAUAACUACAAAAGGCGAGGAAUUAAAAGAACAGAAAGAAAAAUCUGAAAGAGCUGCUUUUGAAGAGCUUGAGAAGGCUCUGAGUAUUGCCCAAAAGACAGAGGAAGCCCGGAAAAAAUUGCAGGCAGAAAUGGAUGAAAAAAUCAAAGCAGUAGAAAAGGCAAGUGAGGAAGAGAGGGUAAAUCUUCAACGGGAGUUAACCAGAGUGAAACAAGAGGUGGUUGAGAUUAUGAAGAAGUCUUCAGAGGAGCGUGUUGCUGAACUAGAAAAAUUCCAUAAAAAAGAAAUGGCUACCAAAGAUCAGGAGCUAAGUGAUAGAUUACAGGCCCAAGAAAAGGCAUUCCAGGAGAAGAUGAAGACAGCUCUUGAAAAAAAUCAGAGUGAGUGUUUAAAAACCCUUCAAGAACAAGAACAGCAAGAAUCCCUAGCCUUAGAAGAAUUAGAGCUGCAGAAGAAAGCGAUACAGUCAGAGUGUGACAAGAAAGUUCAGAAGAUGCAUCAAGAAGUAGAGACUUUUAGAACUAGGAUUCUUGAACUGGAAAGCUCUCUGGCAAAGUAUUCGCAAGAUGACAGAAAGCAAUCAGAGGAAUUAAGUACUCUGAUGGAGUCUGAAAAAAAGCAGCACAAUAAGGAAAUCAAUGAUAUAGUUGAAAAACACAAGAAAGAAUUGGAGAACAUGAAACAGCAGCAGGAAAAGCUUUGGACAGAAAAACUUCAAAUCUUAAAGCAACAACAAGUAACUGAAAUAGAAAAAAUGAGAGAGAAACAAGAACGAGAGAUAGAUACGAUUUUGAAAGAGAAAGAAACAGUUUUCCGUGCACACAUAGAGGAGAUGAAUGAAAAAACAUUAGAAAAACUUGAUGUGAAACAAACAGAAUUAGAAGCACUGUCUUCUGAGCUAUCAGAAGCACUAAAAAUACGUCACGAUUUAGAACAAGAGCUCUCAGAAUUGAAUAGUAGAGUGUGUGAAGCAAAGCAAGAAUUGGAAGGAAAGUUGGAAGAAGAGAGGAAACGGCACAACGAAGAGGUUGAAAUGAUGUUAAAAGAGCACGAAAUGUCUAUUCAAGGUGUUGAGAAGGUACUCAAAGAGGAACUCAACAAACUCAAGCAAUCCUUGGAGGAGAAAGACAGACAUCUGGAGGAACUAAAAGCACAUGAACAGAAACUAAAGGAAUCUGCAGAAAGAUCUGAAGCUGAACUUGUCCAGGUAUCUGCAAAGCUAGAGAAGCUUUCAGAGUCUCAUCGGAGUACUUCUAAUGAGCAGGCAAAGAUUUAUGAAGAGGAGUUAGCAAAGCGGCAGCAAAAGCUGACAAAUCUUGAAGAUCAAAAAUUGCAACUUAAUGAGCAGCUAGACAGAACUGAAUCCCAGCUGAGUGAAGUCAAGAAUGAGUUAGAGGCAUACAUCUCUCAGGUACAUGACCUGAAGCAGCGUUUGCAAGAGCAAAGCAAUGAAAAUAGACAAAAAGUAACCUCUCUAACACAAUAUGAAAGUCAACUGAAGGAUCUACAAAGAGAGGCUGAAGAGACAAAGAGGAGUCUAACUGAGAAGGAAAAUGAAAUUGAACACAUGAAGGAGUUACAGAACAAGCAAGUGGAAGAGCUUAAACAGAAACUGUUCGCCGCAGAGGAGAGAAUCAGUGCUCUACAAGGAGAAUAUGAAAGUAAACUGAAACGUCAGGAGAACAAAAUGGAGAAAAUUAAACAGAAAUCAAAAGAUAUGCAAGAAACUUUCAAAAAGAAACUUGCUGAGCAGGAAGCUAAACUAAAAAAAGAGCUUGAAAACAAGCAGUUGGAGUUCAGUCAGAAAGAGAGCGAAUUCAGUGCUAAAAUGUUGGAAAUGGCACAUGCCAGCUCAGCCGGAAUCAAUGAUGCCGUGUCAAAACUGGAAUCUAAUCAGAAAGAGCAACUAGAAAGUCUUGCUCAGGCUCAUAGGAGGGAGUUGGAAGAAAUUACCCAGAGUUGGGAAAAAAAACUCAAUCAGCAGGUUGAAGAGCUCCAGGAAAAACAUGAAAUGGAACUGCAAGAGAAAGAGCAGGAAGUUGGAGACCUGAAACAGAAACUUGCCACCUUUAGUGCUGAGAAGGAGGGCUCCAGAACAGAAAUAACCCGACUAAAGGAAGAACAGGUGAAAAGGGAGGAGUCCCUGAAGGAAUUGCAAGAACAACUAAGGCAGUCAGUGGCUAAGGUGAAUGCUUUGUCAGAUAAGGAAAGUGACCUGAAAACACAGUUGAAAAAAUUGGAAAGUGAUCUUAAUCAGUCCCUGAAAGAGCAGUCAGGACUUCAGGAACAGCUCAGUAAACAGAAAGCAGUUGAAGAAAAGGACAAAGCCAAAAUUACCGAGCUGGCUGAUACACUGAAAACAGUUGAAGAGAAACUCCAAACUGUGCAGUCUUCUCAGUAUAAAGAUCAUGAAAAUUAUGAGAAAAAAAUAGAGGCAAUUCAGCUAAAAGAAACUGAGUUUAAAAGGUGGUCAGGAGAACUUGCAGCCCAGUUAGAUGCUUACUGGAAGAAUGCUGAAGCUUUAUUGCAAACAAAAAGCAAUGAAUUAAUUGAAAAAUGUAAUGAAAAAAUUGGCAUAGUAACAUGCAAAAUUGCAGAUUGUGAGCGCCGAACUGCAAAAGUUAAAGAAGCAAUAUUAAUUAAAACAAGUAAGAUUCCUGAACUAGAAGCUCAACUUAGAGAAGUAACAGAGCAUCAUUCUGCUGCAAGUACUUCUUUGCAAAAGUCAAUGCAACAACUGCAAGAGAAGGAUAAUUUAAUUGUGUCCAUGAGAGCUGACAUUGAAGGACUUGUAACAGAAAAGGAACAAUUGCAGAAAGAGGGAGGGCAUCAGCAGCAAGCAGCAUCAGAAAAAGAAACUUGCAUUACGCAGCUGAGGAAAGAGUUAUCUGAAAAUAUCAAUGCUGUCACCUCGAUGAGGGAGGAACUCCAGGAAAAAGAAUCCGAGAUCUCUGCUCUCAACAAAACAAUUAAUGACCUUAAUGUUAGACUUGAAAGCACAGUAAGUUUAACAGAGAAGGAAGCAGCCAUGUCUCUGUUAAGCAAGCAACAUCAAGAGGAUCGGUUGCAGUUGUUAGACCAGGUACAGGAGUUAUCGUCCAGAGUUGAGACGCUGAGUCAAGAAAAAGCAUCAGCUCUUGAGCAGGUAGAUCAUUGCACAGCCAAGCUGUCAGAGUGGAAGAUGAAAGCGCAAACCAGGAUUACACAAAAUCAUGAUACUAUUAAAGAUUUGCAGAGCAAACUUGAAUUAAGCAAUACUGAAGCCAAUAAAAAGGAUGAAGAGCUAAAUAAACUGAAGGAGCAGCUGGCUAAAGAAAGCAAGAAUCUUGAUAGUUUAAAAAGUGAAUUGGAACAAAAGCAAAACAGGAGGGAAAAGCAAGAAAGUGAGUUAACUGCAAAGUUAAAAAACCAAGCAGCAAGAAUUGCUGAACUAGAAGAACACAUUGCUCAGAAAACUUCAGAAAAUUAUUCCUUGAUGGAGGAACUUAAAAAGCAUAAUGAACAAAAAGACACAGAGCAAAAAGAGAUAGCUUGGCAACUCCAGCAGGCAGAGAAGGUGGCUUUUGAGAAGGACAAUAGAUUUAAGGAGGCUGAAGAAAAAGUGCUUAAUCUUGAGAAGCAAAUAGGUUCACUGACAGCUGAAUUUGAAGCAAAGGAGAGGGAAUUUGAUCAAAUGAAGUCAGCGAUACUUAAAAGCAAAGAGGAAGAACUGAAAGAAUUAGAAGAGAGACUGAAUGCAGAGAACAGCACUAAGCUGGCAGAUCUGAAAAAGAAGGCAGAGCAAAAAAUUGGUUCUAUUAAAAAGCAAUUGACGUCUCAGAUGGAAGAAAAGGAACAGCAAUUUAAGCAAGAUAGAGAAAAUCAGUUAAGAAACUUGGAACAAAAAGUGCAGGAGAGAGAGGCCAAAAUUGAAUCCUUGGAAGAAAAAAUUAAGUCAACAAGAGAUUCCACAGAGUUAGAGAAAGAAAUGCUGCAAAAAGUAGAGAGUGUAAAAGCUGCUGUAGAACAAGAGAAAAAUAACAUGCUUGAAAGUGUCCAACAGACAUACGAAGAGAAAAUGCACGUGUUACAGAAGGGCUUAACUGAAAAAGAUGAUUUGUUGCAGAAGUACGAAAAGGAACAACGAGAGAGUAAUGACUCUCGUCUAGAACUGCAAAACAAACAGGAAGAACUCCUUAAAAGACUAGAAAGUGUUGAGAAGAGCCAUCAGGAGGAGCAGAGUAGGACUGAAAGCCUCAGGAAAGAACUUGAGGAGCAAACCAAAAAAUACUCAUUGUUAGCGGAUGAGCAUGCUCGUUGUGGUGGCGAUUUAGCAAGCAGUAGGGAAGAAUUAAAAGCUAAAGAACAGAAACAUCUUGAUAUGGAGAAUGUAAUUGGAGAUUUCCAGAAAAAAUUGCAGGAAAAGGAGGCAGUCAGUCAAUCUUUAGAACAGAAGGUAAGAGAGUUGGAAAAUAAUCUAGUGAAGGAAAACGACGUGCAUAAGAUUGAGAUGGAAGAUAUGAGUUUGAGAUAUGAAGAAAAGCUAAAAAGUUUACAGCAACAGUUGGAUGAAAGAAAUGGCAGUCUGAAAGCUUUUGAGGAAAAUGCUGAAGAAAAGGCUAAAUCUGGUUUGGAGCUGCAGAAGUUACUAGGUGAUAUGCAGAACCAGCAGAAGGACUUGCAGACUAAACUGGAAGAGACUGAAAGGGAGAAACAGAAACUAUGCAAAGAAGUGAAUAAUCUUCAAAAAGACUUACGCACUCUGCGAAAAGAAUUAGAAGAAAUGGAGCAGAAAAUCAGAUGUGAACAAGAAGACGUUGAGUUAAAGCACAACUCCACCUUAAAGCAGUUAAUGAGAGAGUUCAAUACUCAGCUGGCUCAAAAAGAAAGAGAAUUGGAAACAGCAGUAAAAGAGACGAUCAGUAAAGCCCAGGAGGUAGAAACUGAAUUGAUAGAAAAUCAUCACAUAGAGACAACACAGUUGCAUAAAAAAAUUGCUGAAAAAGAUGAUGAUCUAAAAAGAACUGUGAAAAAAUAUGAAGAAAUCCUUGAGGCUCGUGAAGAAGAGAUGACAGCAAAAGUUCAUGAGUUGCAGGCACAGCUGGAAGACUUGCAAAAGGAAUACAAGCAAAGGAUGGCAGAAGAGGAAUGUUGGAGCAGUGAAAAAGUAACAAUAACAGAACUUCAGGCACAGCUUGCACAGAAGACAACACUAGUCAAUGAUUCAAAACUGAAAGAGCAGGAGUUCAAAGAGCAGAUUCAUGUACUGGAAGACCGGCUGAAAAAUUAUGAGAAGAACAUGUAUGUCACAUCGGUUGGAACACCGUACAGAGAUGGAAACCUUCACCAUACUGACGUUUCCCUCUUUGGGGAGCCUACUGAGUUUGAAUACUUGAGGAAGGUGCUCUUUGAAUAUAUGAUGGGUCGUGAGACAAAGACAAUGGCCAAGGUUAUAACAACAGUGCUGAAGUUCCCAGCAGAUCAGACUCAGAAGAUACUAGAACGAGAAGAUGCUCGACCAUUGUUUGCCUCACCUCGCAGUGGUAUCUUCUGAAUAUCGCAUCAGUCUGUGCUUAGUUAGCAUGUGGUCAUGGCUACGACCAUCUUGAAGAAAUUGCGAUCGGAAUGUCUCAUGACACUGCUGCUUAGAAAUAUGUUCAUAUCUCUGUUGUUGUCCCUUGAGAAGGGACACGAAGAAAAGCUGUUAUUCAAGGUCACAAAUGGAACCGCGAGAACCAACACUCAGCACCACCUUUGGACCAUGAAUAUAGUUAGAACUGCCUUGACAAGAAAUGCUAAUCAGGGGUUAUCUGGUGAUGAGUCUCUUUUCUCUUCUAUUGAACACUGUCUUCUAUUUUGUGUUAAAGGUUAUUUUUUUAAAGGAGAGAAAAGACUUUAUCCUAGGAAGGAAUUGCCCACUACUGUAUCUCUAUACAGGCUUUACUGGGUGUUUUUUAAGAGUUGAAAUAAAUGGUUUGUUUCUUCUAUUUAUUUUUUUAUUUUUGAAUGAAUUGUGCAAUACAUUUUUGGAUGGGUAGCGGUUGAGGUGAUUUUCCUGAUGAACUAGGCACUCUUGGUGACUACUCUCUCCCGAUUUGAUCUUAUGAUUGUUUGCUAAAGGUCACUUCUAUAUGCUUUUGCCUACAAUAAAUCCAAAUUGCAGUACCUCAUUUGUUUAAUCCUAGCUUUUGUACUUAUAUUUUCUGGAGAAAAAGUACGUUACUGUAAAUUGUAAAUAGUUAAUACAUAACUGUAUCAUAUGCUGAUCUGUGACUGUUGACAGCACUAAUCUGACAAGAGCUGAGAUGAAAUAAAGUUUAUUUACUGUAUAAUUUUGGAA